GAUACUGCUCAGUCAUAAGUUGCACGUUUGAACGUAAAGUGUAAAUAAACAACAUGGCAAAAGAACUUAAAAAUAAGACGGUUGCAAUUACCGGUGGAGCGGUCGGCAUCGGUUUCGAAAUUGCCGACAGAUUCCUACAGAAAGGAGCAAAAACCAUUAUUAUUCUUGAUAUUAAUGAAAAACAAGGCGCUGAAGCAGUCAAGACUCUCAACUCUAAACAUGGAAACAAUAAAACUGUCUUCAUAAAAUGUGACGUGACAUCUGAUUUAGAAGCCGUUUCGAAAAAUAUAUUCGAUCUUUACAAGCACGUUGACGUACUAGUAAAUAAUGCUGGGGUUCUGAACGAGUUAGCUCCAAGGAAAACGAUUGAGAUAAAUGUUACAGCGCUAAUUGAAUGGUCCUUUAAGUUCUGGAAUCACAUGAGGAAAGACCAGGGUGGAAAUGGCGGGACUAUCAUCAACUUGGCGUCGAUUUACGGCUUCAGAGUGGAUCCUUAUUUGCCAGCGUAUCAGGCGUCGAAGUUUGCCGUUCAAGGGUUUACGAAGUCGUUAGGGCACGCUUACAACUUCAAGCGAAGCGGGGUGCGAGUGGUGGCUGUGAACCCAGGGUUCACGGAGACGGCGCUGACGGAGGCUCCUAAAGGGUUCGACAAGGACAGGCAGUACAUGAGCGACUUGUCGAAGUUCCUGCAGGAGCAGGCUUGGCAGCAGGUGGCGUCGGUGGGGCAGGCGGCGGUUGACGUGUUCGAACGGGCCGAGAGCGGCACCGCGUGGCUCAUCGAGGGCGGCAGACCUAUCGUGGAAGUUAAGUAGACGGAUGGUCAAAAUUUUAUUGUUGAUAAUUUUAUUUUUUGUUAACAUUUGAGUAAAAGGUAACCAAACAG